AAUACCUUAUACAGCUGCAUAUCGUUGUUUAAAAUAAAGGGGAACCAUGUUUUGAUGUCUCCUGAAAUACCAAGAUGGCUGGCCUAGUUUAAUUUUAACUCUCUGCAGACUACGCCAUCUCCGGAACCUCAACAAGAUUUAGCCAACUUCAACUGGAAUCCUUCAUAAGAUGCCCGAAAAACGCAAGACAGAGUCCGUGUUGGAAGACAGCCAACACAGCUUCCUUGCGAAGCGUGCGCGACAACAAAUUUCCUAUGAUGACCUGGACGAGUCCGUGCAUACGCCUCCUGUGGCCCAACCCGAACGAUCGACGAGGAAUGACCUUGAAGACGAUGUCGUGGACGCGGACGCAUUCGGAAACGAAGGUGAAGAAGAACACUUGGGGUAUAAUAGCAAAACUACCACAGCUUCAAAUAAACAGAGCGGCCGUCAACGCAAUAAUCAGCAGCCCCGGGUAGAUCCCAUUUAUGGGCAAAGAAGUGCUUUUCCUGGUUUGGAUGAUGCCGGCUUCGAUGAGCUACUCUACGGCCCACCGGAGGAUGGAUUGGAAUACUUGCGCCUGGUCAGGUCCGAAGCGAACUCCUUACCUCCUCUCUUCGUUGCGCCAAAAGCCAAGAUGGAACAAAAAGAGAUUGAACAAGCCGAUGUAACAAUCGAUCAGAUUGGAACAGAGCUCGUAUAUCAGACGAAAGGAGAGACAGAACAAGCCCAAGACGAGUCCGGCUAUGUCCUCAUUGACGGGGUAGUGAUUGCUACAUCCACCACCAAGGACGCAACCGAGUUUGAUGGCGAAGAAAAACGAGACGCUCAGUCAUCAUACUACAAUCUACUAAAGCAUCGCUUCGUUCUCCUUCGGACAAUGUUACGAUGCUCCCCUCCGGCCGCUUCAAUUGCUGAUCUCGAUGAAAGUCACCCUAUCACACUCCCGUUCCACUCCAAGGCUGCUCGGACAGCAUGGACGCAAUUAUUAUACACUGCAGAACCACAAAUGGCACAGCUAGCAUGCAUGGACAUGGAAUCUGUGCUUGGGGUUAUCCGACUAUUAGGGCCUGUGAUGAUAAAAUGCGUUAAGGAUAACGAUGCAAAUCAGUUACGACGUAUUGGUGCAUGGGCAUGGGGUCUGUUAGGUCGAUGUCGAGAUGUAGGCGAGCUGGGCAGUGAAGAAGUCGGUGAAUUGAGAAUUUUCGGAAGGAAAGCGCUUAAUCUCCUGAAGAAGUUGAAUAGAAAUAAGGACACUUCUAUUCCAAACGCCAUGGUUGUGGAUUCUGAAUCUGAAGACAAAGAAUCUAGCGAUGACGAGGAGGAGAUUGCAAUGGAGAGUGUGGAGUCAGCUGAAACGCAGGCAAUUAAAGACCUCGAAGCGGCUAAACUUCAGUUACAGGCACAGUUUCUCGGAAAAGAUACUGAAGAAGAGGAAGGUGAGAGACGAAGGAGGAAUACUUCAUCUCCGCUUGAAGCAGGUGUGAGCGAGCAAGAGAUGGUUACCCUCCAAGAGACUACUAUCAGGAAAUCAUUACCGGAUACCACAGUCACUGGAGAAGAGCAGUCUCGUAUUCUCCUGGACAUGAUCAUCACCAUUGUGGGUGAAUUUUACGGACAGAGAGAUCUUCUACAGCAGAGAGAUAUCUGGAAUUAGCUAUUGGGGAUAUAUAAUAGUGAGAAUUUGUUCAUGAUACCCAGAAUACUAAUUAAUCGAAUACAUCCCAAACUCAUGAUG